AUGGGAGACAUUGUUAGUGAGAACCAGAAUGCAUUUGUACCUGGAAGAGCAAUAGCGGACAAUGCGCUUGCAGCCCACGAGCUCCUUCGUCUUGUCAAAAAGUCCAAACGGCGGAACCUUGCGGUGUUUAAGAUUGACCUUAAUAAGGCCUAUGAUCGAAUACGAUGGGACUUCUUAGAAUGGGUACUUACCCACAUGCAAUUUCCUCCCUCCUGGAUUAGGUGGAUCAUGCAGUGUGUUUCCACGGUGUCUUACUCAGUUUUAGUAAAUGGAGAACCAACGGAAAGAAUUGUUCCUUGCUCGGGCCUCCGUCAAGGGGAUCCCCUAUCCCCUUAUCUCUUCAUUUUGUGUAUGGAAGUCCUUUCCUCGAAGCUUCAUCAUAUGCAACUUUCGGGUGAGCUGGGUGGUCUGCAAAUCUCGCGUUCGGCCCCAAAGGUGAACCACCUUUUCUUCGCGGACGAUGCUUUGUUCUUCCUCGAGGCUAAUUUCGUAGAAUUUAGAGUCAUGAAGAAGGUUCUAAAUGAGUUUUGCGCUAUAUCAAGGGAAAUGGUUAGUCUCCAAAAGUCCUUUGUAGUCUUCUCAAAGCAUACCCACCACAAAUUUAAACGCAUGCUCCAUAAGGUGCUUGGGGUUGGGGAAGAAGGAAAACUAGGAACUUACCUAGGCUGUCCAAUGGAUGUCGACGGCAGAACAACUUCAGUCUUUAUGGACCUCACUCACAAGAUUUCCCAGAAGCUAUGCUCAUGGCAACUCUCAAAGCUUAGCCAAGCGGGUAAACUCAUCCUUAUCAACGGCAUUCUUGUGGCUAUGGCAAGCCAUGUUCUCUCUAUCUAUAUGAUGCCUAAGUAUGUGCUGAAGCGUAUAAACUCCCUGCUAUUGCGGUUCUUCUGGUCAUCGUCCAUGAGCUCGCGGCCUAUUUAUUGGAGGAAGGCCGAUGUUAUUCAACAACACAAAGCUGAUGGAGGGCUUGGUGUGCGCAAUAUUGAAAAUCUAAAUAAGGCACUCUUGUUCAAACAAGCGUGGCGGAUGCACUCUAACCCGAGCUCGCUCAUGGCUCAAAUUUUCUCUAGUAAGUAUCAAAGCUCCUGGUUUGAGAAUAGCAAGAAUGGGAUCAUCCCCCACUCUGUUUCGUGGGGUGCUAGGAGUAUCAUGCGCAGUGUGGGCGAUCUCAGCUCGGGAUUGCGGCGAGUAGUGGGAGACGGAAGACAAACGCACAUCACGGAGGAUGUAUGGGCGACCUCGACACGGCUCUCUUUCAAACAACAAGGGAGUAUUGACCCAACCAGACCGGUUUGGGUCGCAAACCUCAUCAGCGAAAAUCGGUCGUGGAAAGCUUCGGAGAUUUGGCGACAUUUCGACCCCCCAUCAGCUAGGAUAAUCCUAGCUACCUAUAUUCCCAAGGUGGAGAUGCCGGAUAGUUGGGAUUGGUGGCCAGAAAAACAAGGUAAUUACUUCAUUCGAUCAGGCUACUGGCUACUUCAGAAGAAAGGUAAUCAUCACCUACCCCCAAGCAGAUUCUGGGCAUCAUGGUGGAAGCGUAGAGUGUGGCCGAAAUGGAAACUCUUCAUUUGGAAACUUAUUAAUGGGGCAAUUUCUACAAGACAAAACCUCAGAUUGAGGAACAUGGAUGUACCUCCACAUUGUGUCAUGUGUGGGAGGGCAGAGGAGACGGCGACUCAUCUCUUCAAAGCAUGUGAUGUGUCAAAGCAUAUUUGGAAGGCUAGCCACCUAGGGAUUAUUGCUGAUUCAUAUGGUGAUGUCGAUUUUGGUACUUUGGUUACAAAUUUCUUACUGUUCAUCAUGAGGGAGGAUGGAAAAGAGGAAGCUAGAAUUGUGGAGUUUCUUGGGACUCUCUGGAGUAUAUGGAUCCAUAGAAAUUACUGUUUGUUCAACAAUGUGCCUCCAAACCCAGCAACCAUUAUGGGUACUCUCCUGUCAUGGAAAUCGAGGUGGUUUCGCUCGUUUGGGAAGGAUAGCAAUCUGACUACUACUUCACAUUCGAGACAGGGGAUUCAACGUGACCUGUCUUGGGCGACUAGGUCCCCAACUGUGGCUGCCCUUCCUACUUUGGUGAUAGAUGGAGCAUGGAAAGCUCGUGAUAUUGGUGGUAGCGCAGCUUGGGAGGCGGGCAUUGGGUGGGCCUUACUCAUUAAUGGCCAGGUCAUCGAGGAAGAGGGAGUACGGGUAUUUGCGAACAACCCGAACCAGGCAGAGGCCAAAGCCCUCCUCCAUGCGGUGAGUAGAGUUCCCUUGCACAUUAGAGAAUUGGUGAUCAAAACGGAUUCCUCAAUGGUGAUCAAGGCGAUCAAAGACCGAUCGAGUAGUGAAGCGGACAUUAGACCAAUCAUAAGUGAUGCAGUCUCUAUCCUUGUAGAUUAUGAUUAUUGUAAGGUUAUUAAAGUUAGUAGAUCCUGUGUUAUUAGGGCCCAUAAUCUUGCUGUAGCAGCAAGAAAAGGCUCCUAA